AUACAUAUAUUUAAGCAUGGCAACUGCUAAGUCUCUCCUCCUCCUCUUUCUCGCCCUUGUUGCACUCACCCCUUCCACCUCAGCCGCAUCCCCACUCAAAAAUUUAAACUCAGACAUACUACACAUAGUUCUCCAACUAUUUGGAUUUCCGCCUGGCCUUAUACCUGAACCCGUCGAAAGUUUCACUGCAUCCAUCGCAUCCCUUUGUCCACCCACCGUCAGCUUCACCAUCCACUUUAAGGAACCAUGUUACGUAACGUACGUAUACCCCAAUUACUUCGCCCCGGUGUUUACAGGAAAGAUCACCUUCGGUAAAAUUUCCGAGAUGAGAGGCCAUAAGGAUAAACUCCCAUCUACGGAUGAAUGGACAGAUAUGUACGACGUCAUAGCGGUUGGUGAAAAGCUCGUGUUCAACUUUGCGACUGACACUGUAAUGUAUAAUAGAACGCAGUUUGAGGAGGUUAAGACUUGCACAUAUGGUCCUGUUAUUCCUGAUCCCCCUAUCGAACUCAUCUCUCAGCUUCCAAUGAUGAGUGCAGAAUAAGUUGGUGAUCAUGAGAUAAGCAUGGAUGUUUCGAGACUUUUGAAGUUGGGAAGUCUGUGGACAAUAUAUAUAUAGCCUUUUCAAGUGUGUUGUAUGAAUAAAGUUCAGGGUAUGAACCUGUUUCGUUUUAAGUUUUCGGUUGUGUGUUGUAUAAAUAUUGUGUGUUGUAUGAAUAAAGUUCAGGUUAUGAACCUGUUUCGUUUUAAGAUUUCGGUUGUGUGUUGUAUGAAUAUUGU